CCGGCGUCUCUGGUGCGCUGGCGGCCGUUCCUUCUCCAGGUCUACGCGGAAGGAGGUGGCUCUUGGCCGGGAGGUGGGAAACACACAUAUAGGCAAUUGAUAACUUGUAGUGGGGGCUGGAAAACCUGUCCGUGAAGACGCCGCUACUGGACGUUAACGCAUGCUAUUAGUGUGUAAAAAGCGCGUUAGCGCCGCCUCCGUGUCCGUGUUUGCGCGUAGCCGGCGGUGGGGACGCGCUCCCGGGCUGUGAAGCGGCCAGGUACUCUGGGUUCCGCAGGCGGAGUUGGCAGCAGUACCAGUGGAGAGAAAUGCCGCCUUUUCGGCAGAGCAGAGUCCGGCCCAGACACCUGCUGCUUGUCAUCCUCCUCUUCCUUGUCCCCACGGCACGCUCUGCUGACGAAGAACCCUCCCACCAGGAAAACUGGCACGACAUCUGGCUGGUUCGCUUCAUCAUCAAUAUUUUGGGAUAUGCAACAAUCAUCAUCCCUGGUUACCUUCUCAUCAAAUAUUUCAAGAGGAGUAACUACCUAGAAACUGGCCGUGGAUUUUGUUUCCCUGUCAUUAAGUCCUGCGUGUUUGGAAGUGAGUCCAAAUCAGGUUUGCUAGAUGAACCCCUUGCGGCCCCCCGAAAUGAACCAGAGUCUACGUCGUCAACCAAGCAGGCUUUGAAGUUGGUCUUCUGCGCAGCUGGUCUUCAGGCUUCCUACUUAACAUGGGGCGUCCUACAAGAACGUGUCAUGACACGCUCAUACGGGGCCACCGGCGAGGAGGAGGGCGAGAGGUUUACGGACUCCCAGUUCCUGGUCUUCAUGAACCGCAUCCUGGCCUUGACGGUGGCGGGGCUCUGGUGCGCCCUCUUCAAGCAGCCGCGCCACGGAGCCCCCAUGUACAAGUACUCCUUCGCCUCCCUGUCCAACAUCCUGAGCAGCUGGUGCCAGUACGAGGCCCUCAAGUUCAUCAGCUUCCCCACACAGGUCCUGGCCAAGGCCUCCAAAGUCAUUCCUGUCAUGCUCAUGGGGAAGAUUGUUUCCCGGAAGAGCUACGAGUACUGGGAGUACUUCACGGCCAUGCUGAUCUCCAUCGGGGUCAGCAUGUUCCUCCUGUCUAGCACUACCAACAAGCACCCUUCCACUGUGACCACCUUCUCCGGGGUCGUCAUUCUGGGCGGCUACAUCAUGUUCGACAGCUUCACUUCCAACUGGCAGGACAACCUCUUCAAGUACAAGAUGUCCUCGGUGCAGAUGAUGUUUGGGGUGAACCUCUUCUCCUGCCUUCUGACGGUGGGCUCGCUGCUGGAGCAAGGCGCCUUCUUCGAGUCCUUGGCCUUCAUGACCCGGCACUCUGAGUUCGCCGUCCACGCCGUGCUUCUGUCCGUCUGCUCUGCCUGCGGGCAGCUCUUCAUCUUCUACACCAUAGGCCAGUUCGGCGCGGCCGUCUUCACCAUCAUCAUGACGUUGCGGCAGGCCAUCGCUAUCCUGCUCUCCUGCUUCCUCUACGGCCACCCGGUCACUGUCGUGGGCGGCCUAGGCGUCGCUAUAGUGUUCCUCGCGCUCUUCCUACGGGUUUAUGCCCGGAGCCGCACGAAGAGGAGCAAGAAGGUGGCCCCGAGCCAGCCGAUGGUGGAGAAGGUGUAGGAGGAUGGACCCGCCAUGCUAAGGCCGCCUAUGGUGUUUUCUUUGAUCUUUCCAAAUCCUAAUCUGUGCAUUUAGGCCAGAGGGUGUCUAAAAGGGUGUAUUUCCAUGUCCUGUUUCUGCAAUUUGGCACCAGCUUCAGAUUAAUGUCCCUGAGUCGGUCACAUUCCCUUCUUUAACCUUGGAAGGGGGGGA